AUGGAGUCCACAUUGAAAGCUCCAGCAAAGCUUUUGUUGGCGGCAGGGCUAUACUCCAAUUUCUUUGCAUUUGUCGUCGUCUGCACCCGGAGAGAUGCCACAGUAACUCGCCUUUGUGCUGCGAUCGCUCUGGCAAUCUUCACGGAAUUUCUUCAUAACGCGGGAAACGACAUCCUCAACCCGUUACAGCAGAGGGUGUUUGGGCCAAUGCUAUGGCACAACUAUCUCAGUCUCAUCGAGCUGAUCCUUUUCUCGCGCGCUGAUAUAUCAGAGCUCGGCGACCCUUCGAACCCUCCACCUGGGCCAAUGGCUGGUGCCUGGCUGCAGGCUCUGGCUCUGAUCUUCAACCCCCGCCGUAUUGGUACCAAAUGGGAAGUCAAGGGUAUAGCUAAGCGCUCGAAGGCACAGGGCCGCUUCGGCUUUGUAUUCCGUAGCAUGCUGAAAGCUCUUUCUGCUUCAACCAUCAUCGAUGUUAUUCUCAGACUGCCGCCGAAGCCUGAGCCGCAUCUUCUGGAACCCGGGAAAGAAACUCUGCAUGCUUUCUGGACCCUAUCCGCCGAGGAUAUUGUAUUCAGAUUCAUGGUUGUUCUCAUGUUCACCAUAAUCACGUGCUUAACUGUCAUUUGCAUGUAUUACUUUGCGGCUGGAUUGACGGUGGCAAUCGGUCUCAACAAGCCAGAGUCUUGGCCGCCUAUCUUCGGCUCUCUCAGAAAUGCCUACACAAUUCGCGGGCUGUGGGGCCGAACUUGGCACCAGGUGCUACGAAGAGUGGUUGUUGCGUUUGGAGACUUUACAUCAGACCACAUUCUGUGCAUUCCUCGUGGCUCCCCUCUUUCUCGCCUCUCUCGCCUAUUUUUUCCUUUCUUCAUGAGCGGCACGCUACACUAUAUUAUGGAACUCAAGGAUGAUGGUUUAGCUCAGGGACGUUUCGGUGUGUUGAUAUUCUUUCUGCUGCAACCGCUAGGUAUCCUGUUUGAAGAACUUGUUCAGUACACAUGCUCUGGGCUGUUUCCGAGGACUAUCCAGCGAACAAUCGGCUACAUAUGGGUUGGGGCUUGGUUUUGGUGGUCAAUGGCAGGGUUCUGUUUUGAGCAGUCGAGAACUAAUCCACCUCCUGAUCUCGCUCCGAUCCCGGUUGUUUAUCUAGUCAAGCAUUCCCCCUGGUUCCUCAACCAAUAG